UGCUGGCACAGUCUCACACAUAUACUAUAAAAAUAUUACUCUCAAACUUUCCACUAUUAGUCACAAUAAUCAAUCAUACAUACUAAAAUCAAACACUUACAGAGCCACCUAAAUUCUCCGUACUAUCCAGACAUAAAGGCGGUGGACGUGCAGAGAGUGACAAAGCUGCUAGGGUUACACAUGGGUAGAAAGAAGCUAGUCAUCAAGAGAAUCGAAGAUAAGUGUAAUCGACAAGUGACUUUUUCCAAGAGAAGAAAGGGAUUGUUCAAAAAAGCCCAGGAUCUUUCUAUUCUCUGUGAUAUACAAAUUGCAGUGAUUGUUUUCUCUAGCCGCAACAAGCUUUACCAGUUUUCGUACGGCAACAGUAUGACUGAAAUUAUUCAACAAUAUUAUGAUGUUACCGAUUCAGACGAUGGGGAAGCCACCAAAAAUCAUGAACACAAGAAAUCAAAAUAUGCAAGUACUGGUGCUAAUGGAAAUUACUUGCAAAGAGUUGAAAGGUACCUCGAUGAACUAAAUUUUGAUCAGCUCACCUUGGAUGAUCUGGUGCAACUGGAGUUAGAUAUGAAAACUGCCAUAGCACAAACAAGAGCAACAAAGGCCUCAGUCGAUAGACAGACACGGAUGAUGGCACCAAUAACAACUCUCCAGGAAAAGGAAAGGUUGCUCAGAGAAGAAAAUGAGAUCUUGGUGCAGCAGAUAUCUGCAAUGGCAAAACAAAAUGACAAUAACAGAGAGGCGGAUAUAGAAAUGCACGACCGUGAAAAAAAUGAGACAAAUCAUUCACCGUUGCAGCGCACACUAAAGUUGCUUUUUUAGUUGGAUCUUUCAGAACCUGCACGUAGACAUCUCUGAUCAGAAACUCGGACGAAACAAUAGCAUUUCACUGUUGUUGCUUCUAAAAGCUCUAGUUUCUUGCUUUUUACUUAGCAACGCUAAACGGGAAUUCGCCUUUUUACUAAAGGCCAGGAUAAUUAAUCUUUGGAAGCAUGUUUUUUUGUUUGUUUGCUCUGUAGAGUUUGCUCGGUCUUUGUAAUGCUUAAAGUGUGGUUUUUUGUGCUAUUUUCUUUGUAGUCUUUACUUUAUCAUGUACCACAUGAUCACAAUUGCCAGAAAAGGUGAUUAAUAUGGUGGCAAUAAUGAUUUCAGACAUUUCCAAA